AUGAUGAGUUCGUCGUCGUUGACGUCGAUCCCCGACCUGCCGGAGAACUCCAUCGCUUACAUCCUGUCCCUGACGACGCCGAGAGACGUAUGCCGGUCGUCGGCCGUCUCAUCCACCUUCCUCUUAGCUGCUUCCUCAGACUACGUCUGGGAGAGGAUGUUGCCGCCGGACAUCCAUCAACUGCUCUCCCGGGUCAGUCGUCCCAUUCACUUCUCCUCCAAUAAAGAGCUCUUCUUCGGCCUCUGUUCCUCCCCUCUAACCAUAGACUUGGAUCGAAAGAGUUUCUCAUUGGACAGAUCAAGUGGCAAGAAAUGCUUCAUGCUGUCUGCGAGAGAGCUGAGUAUCAGCUGGGGCGACGACGAACGAUACUGGAGGUGGAUUAACCUGCCCGAAUCUAGGUUCCCAGAGGUAGCGGAGCUCUUGUUCGUCUGGUGGUUGAGCAUCAGUGGCAGAAUCUCAACCGCCGAUCUUUCGCCGUCAACCCGGUAUGCAGCAUAUUUCGUGUUCAAACACACGAAUAAUUCAUACGGUUUCGAUUCGCUUCCUGCCAGGCUUUCCAUUAGAAUGAAUGACAGCCCUCACGUCUCCGAGCACGAGGCGUUCAUCCACCCAGAGAAUGCCGCUGCCAGGGACCGCAGGUUCCGGCGGCGGCGGCGGGGGCGGGGGCGGGGGCCGCGGAGUGCUCUGUGGCCAAGAGAGGGUUACGGUGAGUGGAUGGAGGUCAAGGUUGGGGAGUUCUUCACAGAUGAUGAGGGUGGAGAACUGGAGUUCAGUUUAAUGGAGACUCGGCAGCAGAAAAGUGGGAUGCUACUCGAGGGACUUGAAAUAAGGCCUACAAACUAAGAAAGCAUUUACACCACCCUCCUGCCUUUAUGCCUAUCUUCUUGUUGACAGAGGUUCUGCCUGUUUUCGCAUUUAUUUUACCGGGGCCGAUCAGACGUCUUGAUAUGUGAAUUGGUACAACUACCAUGUAGGCUUUGAAUCUUAUAAUGAAUUAAAGAAAUAAUGGUUCU